AUGAGAUAUGUGGCUCUCGCUUGCACCACGCCAGUGAAUGGGGGAAGCAGAGCCCAAAGGCAGCCGCUGGCGCUGGAGGCGAUGGCAGGGGCAUUGCAGCGCCUGGUGGUGCGGAACGAGAAGCUCUUCAUUGACGGAGAGGAGCCAAAACUGGGGCCAGAGCCAGAGGGAAAGCGGCGUGGGCUGGCGGCGUUCCGUGGUGCACGGGCGCCGAGCAUCAGCAUCGCAACUUAUCUUGAAAGGAUUUACAGGUACACAUCUUGCAGCCCAUCGUGCUUCGUGGUUGGCUUCAUUUACGUCGACCGCAUGGUUCAUAAAGAUCCUGGUUCUCUGGUUGUUUCGCUUAAUGUCCACCGUGUCGUCCUCACCAGCGUCAUGGUUGCUUCCAAGGUCCUUGAUGAUGUGCAUUACAAUAAUUCAUUCUUUGCAAGAGUUGGAGGGGUGAGCAAUGCAGAGCUGAACAGAAUGGAGCUGGAACUACUGUCGCUGUUGGACUUUGGGGUGAUGGUGAGCUCUCGUGUGUUUGAGAGUUAUUGCUUUCACCUGGAGAAGGAGAUGGCCUGGAGUGGAGCAAGCCAGAAGAUUGAGAGAACUAUCAUUGAUUCUCUGAAUGUUGAGAUUGAGACUCCAGAGAAUGACAAGACAAAAGAGCUUUUCCAUCUCCUCCGCGGAAGUCCUUGGGUUAAUGUUGUCAGUCUUCGGAGUUGUUUUAUAGUUACAGGUUUUCUGUUUCUAAACCUUGAGUAA